AUGGUCACUGAGCCCCUCCCAUCGGGAGAUAUCAACGCCGCCGAGUCCCAGUCACAGUCAAAGGGCAAGAGCCUGGCAUUCCCCCACGUCCCCGACAAAUGGCUGUCCCGCAUCGCCAACUGGGGCGUUGAGCUGCGCGGCGUCACCCCGGUCCCAAUGGAAGAGCGAACAGACACGCGCUUCAUCAAUGUCUUCUUCGUCUGGUUUACACUGAGCACAAACCUGCUCCCAAUCAUCACCGGCAUGGUAGGGACAUUCGUCAUGGGCCUCUCCCUGCGCGACGCAUCCCUCAUCAUCCUCUUCUUCAACAUGCUCUGCACAAUCCCGCCGGCCUACUUCAGCACCUUCGGCUCCCGCACCGGAUUACGCCAGAUGCUCCACGCCCGCUUCACAUUCGGCUACUUCCUGGUCUCGAUCAUCGUCGCGCUGAACCUGUGCACCAUCGCCGGGUUCGGCGUCAUCUCCUCGGUGCUCGGCGGGUCCACCCUCGCCGCCGUCUCGGGCGGCAGCAUCGACGACACAGCCGGCAUCGUGGUCAUCGGCGUCUGCGGCAUGGUCGUCUCCUUCGGCGGGUAUAAGUUCCUGCACCAGUACGAGCGCUACUGCUGGCUUUUUGCGCUGGUCGCGAUUGUCAUUGCGACGGGGGUUGGCGGGGGGAAGCUCUCUUUGCAAGCGCCCACGGAGCCCCCUAGCGCCGCGACGGUCCUGAGCUUUGGGGGUGUCAUUGCGGGCUUUCUUAUUCCGUGGGCUGGAAUGGCUGCGGACUUUAGCGUCUACUGCACGCCUUCCGUCUCGUCGGUCCGGAUUUUCACGUACACAUAUCUAGGCCUCUUUCUGCCAACCGUCCCGCUCAUGGUCCUCGGCGCAGCGAUCGGUUCAGCGACGCCCUCGAUCCCCGUCUGGUCAACCGGGUACACGCUCUACGGCGUUGGCGGCGUUCUGGACGCUAUGCUCUCGCCCGCCGGCGGAUUCGGGAAAUUCGUCUCCGUCCUGCUCUCCUUCUCUCUCCUCGGUAACCUCGCCGCAUCAAUGUACUCCAUCAGUCUGAACUUCCAACUCCUACUGCCGUGGGAACUCUGGCGCCGCAUCCCCCGCUUCGUCUGGAGCAUCGUCUACACGGCCGUGCUGAUCCCCGUCUCCGUCGUCGCCGCAAAGUCGUUCUUCACGAACCUCGAGAAUUUCCUGUAUGUUAUUGCGUACUGGUCGGCGGGGUUUUUUUCUGUCGUGUGCGUUGAGCAUUUUGUUUUUCGCCGUGGGGAUUUUUCCACGUAUAUCAGUUCAAACUCCGAUGAUGACGGAAGUGGGAAGAGUACCUGGGAUAAUCCCGCCAAACUACCCACUGGCCUCAGCGCCAUUGGCGCAAUGGCGCUCUCGUUCGGCCUGAUUAUACCCUGUAUGGGGCAGGAGUGGUUUACUGGUCCGCUUGCGGAGAAGACAGGGGAUAUUGGGUUUGAGGUUGCGCUUGUGCUGGCGGGGGCGCUGUAUUUGCCGUUGAGAUGGGCGGAGAGGAAGGUGAGGGGGGUAUGA